AUGGGGAGGGGAUUGGUAGCAGGGCUGCCUACGUCGAUCAAGGGGUGGCGGCCACGGUGGUUCUUUGUGGCAGUUAAUGGGGGGAUGGGGGUACGCACCAUCUGGAAGGUGCCAACCCGGUCGAUGGAGUCGAGACUAGGGGCGGUGGCGGAAGAGAUGAUGAAGAGAGUGAAGGAGUGGAGAGAGAGAGAGAAGGCCAAAUGGGACGAUCUUGUCCAGCCGUCUGCACUGUUUGAGGCGGGGCUGGGACCGCAGCCGAAAGUUGGAGACCUCGGUCUGGAGGGGUUGGAGGAGAGAAGAAGAGCGCAGGAGGUAGAGGAUCGAGCCGUUAUGGCCAAGGCCGCGAAGUUGAUGGAGGCGCAGAGGGACCGACCGCCUCAACCGAUCGCGCGGGAGAGGAUCCGACCGCGCCCCAGGCCGUUGGGGGAAAAAGACUUAAGCAGCUUUGAGCCGCGGCCGCCGCCUGUAGACCCUGUAAAAGAAGAGGCCAGAAAGGGGGUGGAGCCUCUGAAAAAGGAGAAGAAGAAGAAGAGGAGUGCCCCAAAGGAAGCUGCAGAGGAGUCUGGGGCCAAGAGGGCGAAAGUGGCCCCAACGGAGAUGGAGGUCCCUGUGGCAAAGGACGCCCCAGAGGUGGUGGAGAUCAUCCCGAUGGUGGAGGUUGUGGAGAUUGCUCCACCAGUGCAAGUGGAGGCUGGGGAGUUGGGGGAGGAGCGUGCCAGAGCAGAGGAGGAGAAGGGGAGGCUUCUGAGGGAGUGGGAGGUGGAGAAGGCGAAGGCGGCGGUGGAGCUGGAGAGUCUGAGGAAGGGGGUGGAAGAGGAGAGGGCGACGACGGCUGCUGAAAGAGGGGCCCUGCAAAGGGAGCUGGACGAGGAGAGGGCGAAGGCGGCGUCUGAAAAGGCGGCCUACCCUGAUCUAUGCGUCGCAGCAGUAGAGCAAUAUAAAGGGUCCCCCGAAUUUCAGAUGGUGGUGGAUGCUGCUGUCACCAGGAGUCUG